ACCCAGGGACUUUCCAGAAUGAAGGACAAAUGUGAAACAGCUCACAGAGAAUAAGUGCCAAUUGAAUCUCUUGCAUAUCUGCAUACUUAAUCAGUCACCCAGACUGCCUGAAUUCCUGCAAUAAUAAUUCAUUUCAGAUUUACAGAUGACUUUGAAUAAUACACAAGCUGGAGAAAUUCUCUUGAAUUUUUAUAUGCUGUUGCAGACGUGAAAAUAAUACUACUAGCAUUUUGUUUACUGUUUUGCUAGUGAUGUUUGGAUGUCCAAAACUUUGUCUUCUGGAAGGAUGGUGGUAGGUUUUUGGUUUGCUUUCAAAAUUUAAAACAAAACUGUAAAGCUUGCAUUCAGAAAUAAAUAUCUAUAAUCUGGAUUAAGGUAAUGAUCCAAAAUCUUUAGUUUUAAUAUGUCUAUUUAGAGAUAUAUUUUAUGUGACAUUAGAUUGAUUAUCAUCUAUACAGUGGAGGAAAGAGUGUAGUGAAAUUAUAAACAAAAAAUGUGAACAACUUGGAUAUGAGGAGUGCUAUGAAAUAAGGCCAGGGUAAAUUAUCAUAGUCCUCCUUGUCUUAGUUUCUAGUCUGACAGGAGGAUAUUAACUGCUGAUAAAAUCAGAGUAGGAAACGAGUGCUUCCUUUAAGAAGUUAUAAUUUUGGAUCUUGAAACAGACCUUACUUUUCUCUCUCUUUUUCCAGCAUCACGAAAAUGAUCUAUAUCUCAUUUGCUUGAGAACAGUCAGUCACCAUUCUAGAGAUAUAGCUAAUUACUUUUAAUUAAAAGUAAUAUUUUGAUACAGCUCUGCUGUCUCUGCUGGGAAUUGUUUUAAACUUACGAUGUUCUUACCACCAAUUUUCUGCAAUACGGCUUGGGAGGAAUUUGUGCUGCACUGUUCAAUAGCAACAGGUCUGAAGAGUAUCAAGGAUGAAAUUCUCAAGGGUCUUUAUGUCAUGGAUGGAAAUGGAAUCAUUACUGUAUUUUUGAACUCCUGCUAACGUCAUUGACACCCACCUACAGUCCACUAGAAAUAUAAGUGCAGAGAUCAGUUUGUUCGUGUAUUACGAGCAGACCAACCAAGAAGGGGCAAGCCGGAGCCAAAGUCACUGACUGUUCAUCUCCAGCAUGUGGAAAGUUGUGCUCCUGGGUCUAUACAUAGUACUGGCCAUGAGAGGAUUGGCAAAGGGUGCUCCUUUCCAACCAGAAGAAAAAUGGAAACCUCUGGAUAACCCGAGGAACAGAGACCUGUUUUUCAGAACGCUCCAGGCUUAUUUUUCGGGCAGGGGGCUUGAUCUGAGGAAGUUCCCAGCUACUGUCACUGUGAAUGAUGAAGGACCAAGGCCUCUCAUGUUCUACGCAGAUCCGAUUGCUUCUGCAUUUGCAGAUUACGAAGAAAGGAAAAAUUCUUUUCUGAAUUAUUUCAAAGGCUGAAAGAUGCUGUUGACCAAGGCUGUAGAACUUCAUGCGAAGUGAUAACCUUCACAGCAAAAUUUUACUGCUUUGACUUUCUGUUACUCGACAAUUUAAAAUGUUCUUCACCGUCACAGUUCCUACCUAUGGAAUGUGAUGUCAUGCUGUAAUUAGCAAAUAUUCGGUCUCUUGACAAAUGUGUGCUGUUUGGCUGCUGCAGUCGGCUGAGCAGAAUUGUGUUUGAGCGUGAAUAAACCAGGAGCGCAACAGAGCGCUUUCGACUACUGCUAAGUGUCUUUGUGCAGAACCGGGAAAAUGUUAGCUUUGAAUUU